GCAUGCUGUUGCCAACAACGCUACGUCGAGCGCCAGCAGGCUGCAAGUUCUGGAGGGUCACAGACGACUUGGACAUCAUCUUGUAGGGUGUUGCGUAAACUGCACUCGAACACGCUCAGGUUUGCCCCGAAUCAACUAACCCGUCGUUGGUAUGUCUUGGGUUCUAAACCCCGAGGGUGAUGGCGGUGGCCGUGCCGCACGGAAACGUCCCACUCAGGUGCCAUCGGAAGGAGGCAACACCGCUUCUCGUGAUACAGAGACAGAUGAUCCAGCCUCGGCUUGGACAGAGGCUCCGGUGGAUGACGAGGGCGAAACAAAGGUGCCAGACCCAGUCGACCCCAGCAGAAUGGUCUCCACCAAGGCAGCCAACCGUCCGUUCCUCGGCUACUCUGAAUAUCGCACAAAGCGCGAGCAGGAACACACUGCAUGGCUGCGGCGCAAGAAGGAGCGAGACGAGAAGGUGGCGCGGGGGGAGGAAGUUGGAGCUGAGGAGCCCGAUCCAACUGAGGAGCCAGAGGUCGGCUGUUUGGGGCUUCUCAAGUUCAUCGUGUACGCGAUCGUUUUCUUGCUGCUCGCGGGCAAGUUCUUCACUGGCAGCUACCUAUGGGAGCACGAGCUGCCUAACAUCAAGAAGCUGAUCCCGACGAAUCAACGUCUGUAUUCCGAGAGGAUGCUGGCCACGUUCGAUGGUACAAAUCCCGAGAGACCGGUUUAUCUAGCCAUUGAUGGCGAUGUCUACGAUGUCAGCGCAGGCCGCCGAACGUACGGUCCGGGAGGACCCUACCACAUGCUCGCCGGAAAAGACGCUGCCCGGGCGUACAGCACCGGCUGCUUCAGCACGCAUCUAACGCAUGACCUUCGGGGACUAAGCGAAAGCGAGUUGCAGGGCGUCGAGAACUGGAAGAAGUUCUAUGCUGAACAUAAGAAGUACGUCAAGAUUGGGCGUGUAUCUCAUCCACCGAUCGACCCUGCAAGCCCGGUACCGGAGCAUUGCGAUCCGAAGAAAGCGAAGGACUCUCGAACACCGGAGCAAGUGGAAAAUAUGAAAAUUGCAGAUAGCCGCAGGCAUGGACAGGGGCAUGCUGAAUUAUAAUUUGAAUUGUCUGUGUGAUUGAGCGCUGUGAAUUAUCUAGGACAGACUAUUGUAUGUACUAUAUAGCGACAAUCCUAAGUUAAUACCGAGAAUGAGUGAUCAA